AUGUUAUUGCCUUACUCUGCUUCUUUUGUGCUUCGUUCACUUCCAUUAAACCCACAUAAAGAUUUUGCUAAUGUAUUCAAAUAUUACGGCGUGUGGGCAAUUGAUGAAAAACCAAUGAAAUUUUGUUGUUUUGCCCCAGUCGCGAAUGGGCAUGGAACAGUGUUAUUUUCUAAAAAUGUUUUGAGUUUUGUAGAAAACUUGAAUGUGAACAAUCCACUUCGUACAUUUGUCGAGUUGACAAACACAUCAAUUGGGGAUGCUAUAACUGAUAUCCUAUUGGUUGAAUAUUCAUUAGCUUGGUUGAAUUGGUCACUUAUCAAUUGGUUUUCAAUAUAUGAAGAUUUACCAUCGAAACAGCUGAAAGUUACUAUUGCUAGACGUGAUGUUAUCCAAGUAACAUGGGAUGAAAGACGUAUUACAAGUCCAGUUGAACUACAAGUUGCAAUUGAUGAAGCUGUUAAACAGGCGGACAAAUUGAUUGGUAAAGUUGGGUUAUCACGAGCAUUUGUUCGCCAUCAGGUACUGAAAAUGCUAUUCGGAUUGGAUAUUUCAAUGUAUAAUUAUUCGACAAUUUGUUCACUUCUACUCAGAAUACGUUCAUGCAUUAUUGUACCUCAGUGUAGUGGGCGUUAUUUACCUCCUGGUACACUUCAUCGUCCAUAUCACGAACGUUUUGAUGAGAACUGUGAACGAAGACCUCUGCCGCAUCCAGAAACUUCCCGAUUUCAAGAAGUCUCUGCUAUAGAUCUGAAGCGAAAGGCAAAGGUUGCAGACAAGAAACCAUUUCAUAUGAUUUGUGAACCUGGUCGAGUUUAUUGGUGGUGUUCUUGUGGUCACAGUAAACGCCAACCAUUCUGUGAUGGACACCAUAUUCGUAUAUUAGGAUUAAGUUCAACUUUUAGAAUUAAUAAGCCACAGUUCAAACCAGUUCGCUUGGUUUACAAACAAUUAAGUGAAGUAUGGUUCUGUACUUGUAAGCGUACUUCAGAGCCACCCUACUGUGAUGGAAGUCAUAACUGUGAAGAAGUACAGUCUCAAGCAAAAAACUAA